UUCAAAGGGGUGUGGUUUAUUCUUUUCCUCAUAAUCUUUCCAUGUUGGCCAGAAUUAUGCAAAUACAUGUUUCCACCACUGGCGGGCGAUGGUGGCUUUAGCUGCGCGCAGGCGAGUUUAGAGGGAACUGUCGCACGAGUUAGAGUCAGAAAUGGACGUGUGCCCCGAAUCGUUGCGUUACGAGCUGUUAACGGAGGUGGGCGAAGGCUCCUUCGGGAGAGUGUACAAAGCCAGAGAGGUUGGGGGGAAACAGCGCCUCCUGGCGGUGAAGAAGUUCCACUUCAGCUGCGGUUCGGAAGAGGCCGGAAUCCCUCCCCCCAUGAUCCGAGAGGUGGCGCUGCUGCGCAAGGUGGGCUACUUCAACCAUCCAAACAUAGUCAAGCUCUUAGAUGCAUCUGCUGUAUAUGUGGGGUCGACCCUGGACCUCACUCUGGUGCUGGAAUACAUCGACCAGGACCUGUCCACUCUCCUGUCCAAGGCUCCUUCGAGUGGUCUGGGCCGGGACUUGAUAAAGGAUACGAUGCAGCAGCUGCUGCGAGGACUGGACUUCUUGCACACAAACCUCAUCCUGCAUCGGGACCUAAAGCCGGAGAACAUCCUGGUCAGCAACCGCGGAGAGAUCAAGAUUGCAGACUUUGGACUGGCACGGAUUGUCACCUUUAAUAUCGCUCUUACGCCCUGUGUCGUGACCUUGUGGUACCGAGCUCCAGAGGUGCUGCUGAACACUGUUUACAUGUCCUCAGUGGACAUGUGGAGCGCUGGCUGCAUCUUUGCUGAGCUUUUUCUCUUGAGGCCGUUGUUUAAAGGCUACACAGAAAUGCAGCAGCUGCAAAAGAUCUUUGAGGUGAUCGGGCUGCCCGAUGAGGAGGACUGGCCUCGAGAAACCCCGAUCUUGUACUCCGACCGCCUGGGGCCGAGGGUUUCCUGCACCAGGCUGCUGCCCAACCUGGACCAAGAUGAGAACGACCUGCUCUCUCGCUGUUUGAUAUUCAGCCCGAGCCGUCGCAUCUCCGCCGCCGAGGCCCUGACUCAUCCUUUUUUUGUGAAGCCCUGAAGACUCCUCCAGCAGGAUAAGGAGCCGAAGCUGCUGUGAUUCUACGAUCAGGAACAUCUAACGGAGAGACCCGCGAUGUGCCCGCGAAACCCACUGGCACCUUCGCCCCGGCCACCACGAGCGUUAAAGCUUUUAAAACCAAAAAUCGGCAGCGUCGUCAGAAACUGUGCUCGGGUCGGAGGCGAGGAGCUGCCUGAACCUUUCCAGCAAGCCAGCUUGAUUCACAGAUUGUGGAACUUCUGAUUCAAAAGCUUCAGGAAAGUAAGCUCUAUGUGUGAUACUUUUCUCAAACUCUUUAUAUAAGCAUAUAUAAAACCCUUUUAGAAGUUCAUGUAUCAGAAGGAACGGCAGGUUUUUCAGUCAGGUUGUGCCGUGUUCUCACUAAAUGUACAGCUUCUGUGUUAAGUUUCACUGUUGGACAUUUGGAGUUUUUUUGGUUUUAUGCUGCUAAGGAACAUAAUGGUCACCUUUUAAGUUGACGAGUUUCUGUUUCCUGGAGAUUUCUGUUGCACUUGUUAUUGAGAAGACUUGAAUGGUGUAAUGGAUGCACCUGUUUUUACUUUUUGUUUUGACAUUUUGUGCAAAGUAUUUUUUUUUCCUCUUUCUGAGUUAUGUUCAUUCAUGAAACAUUUCUAUUAAUAAGGGUUCUAUUCUGUCUGUUCUUUUAAAAGCAUCACAAUGAGUUAUACUUGUUUUUAAUUAGAUGUAAUUUCACUUGAAGGAAGAAGAGGGUGCUAUUGGAGAACGAGUGAAUUGAUUCCAGUUUUGCCUCAACCUCAUGUUUCUGUCCACAUUCACCGCUUCUCUAGAAAAUCUAGACAAAUUAUAAAUGCAUGUUUACUCAUUUCAAGAAACGGGAAAGA